AUGUCGAUUCGCGAGGCCGAAGCUGCCGACCGUGACAAGGACGCUGAGAGAAUCAACAAGAUGGCUCGUAUCGGACGCAAGCAUGCAGCGCUAUUUGAGCUGGCCUCCCAGGCGGGGUCCGAAAGCACCGGUGCCCCGCCCCAGGAUUGGCCCGGCAAACUGCUCCGCGUAAUGUCUUCCGCGGGCUGGGCAGAUCCGUCAUUCUUGGAGGAGCUAUCUGAGAGCGGACUCGUGCGAGCUAUGUACAGGGCGCUCCCGGUGCUGAAAGCGAACGCUUCCAAUCGCGCAACAGCCAGCAGCGUCCAGGAUCUGGCCGACCUGGAGGAGUCUAUGCGCAAGCUGCGCCACGAGCUCGCGCUGGCUGAGAAGCGCCUGCCUAGCCACGGCAUCUUGGGCACCGGUGGAAGUGCUUUUUACACGACCUGGGCAUCUGUGGGCUACGUCUGCACUGUCAUGCUGCAAGCGCUGGUCUCCACUGCUGCCUGUGCUCAAAGUCCUCCUGCAACCAAUACUCGCACCAGCCCAGCGCCCAUGGACGCUGCCACGGGCAAUAAUGUGGAGCCGCCCCCGGCACCUGCCGCGGCCGCGGAGAUGGCACCGGGCGAGGCAGGUUCAGCCACGCCGCAGGCCGCAGGCCCGGAAAGCCAUUCGGUUGCUGAGUCGCCCACACCCGCCACCGCGACGGUAGGAGCGGCUGGGGAGAGCCCUUCAGACACCAGCACGCCAGGAGGACCCGCGGCGGUGAAGCCGCCGCCAGGCGGCAGCGGCACUGGCAGGCCUGCUCUGGUGACGGAGGGGACGCUGCUCAAGCUACUCGGUAAUAAGCAUGUCGUCGCGCACGCCAGGGAUGUGAUGCGCGUGGUCCCGGACCCGUGCAAGGCUGCGCUGGCGCGGAUCUUGCUGACCCAGAUCUGUACGGAGAUGAGGGCUUGGCUUGCCACCGGCGCGCUCUUGACAGCGUACAGUGAAGCGCUUCGACCCAGUCUUUGUCCCGCAGCUGUCGGCGGCGCUGCAGCCACUGCAGCUCCCACCAAGAAGGUGAAUCCUGCUGCCCUUGUUGCGCCUGCUGCCGCUACCGCUUCACCUGGAGAAGAUAGCCCGGAUAUGAAUCUUGUCAACGGCGGGACGCGCAAGUCAACCGAGGCUUCCGUGGGCGACUCGGCACCCAGCAAUGCAGUGCCGGCAGGGGCUGCUCCAGCGACAACGUCCGCAGGCGCUAUUGGUGAUGUGGAGAUGAUGGACGCGGGGGCCGCCGCGACGGCAGAAGACGGGGUUGAUGAUAUCGCCACGGCGGCUGCUGGCUCGCGAUCCGGCGGUUCAGAUGCAGAUAGCGCUGCUGCCGCCAGCGCGCUUGAGACGCCCCCGGCGCGUCGCAAUGGCGCAAGCUGCAAUACGGCCGGCGGCACCGCUGACGGCGCUACGGAAGAAGCCGCCGCGGGGUCACCUUCCGCUGCCGCAAACGGCAACGACCCAGCGGCGACGGCGGACGACGAUCCACGGGUCUUUCUAGUCCGGCUUCUGCAGGCCGUGGCGGCGGCCCUGUGCGAGGCCGUAACGCGCGCUCAUUGCGUCGCCCGGAUGGCGGUGUUGCUACGCGGCGAGGCGGUGGGAAAGUUUUCGAAUGCAGUGGCGUACAUGCCGACGGCGCUUUUGAUCAACGAGCUCAUGGCCCACCUGGACGGGCUUGCGUGUGUGGCGACGGCCCUGGGAUGCGCGGAUAGCAUCCGACCCAGCAUCACGACGCUGCUCACGAGCCAGGCCAUCAAGGAGCUGCUGGGGGCAGGAAAGGUGUAUGUGACGACGGUUAUUGCUGCCGGCGCGUUAACUCGGGACCUGGCGAUUGACGCGGUGAUCCCGCAGAGCUUGCGCCAGGGCUACAUGGCGGCGGUGCUGACCCCUCUGGAAACGGGUGCUCUGCUGAACGAGCGCCGGGCGCCGCAGGUGCUUGCGUACCGGAGCAGCAUCACUGAGAGCUCCUAUUAUCAGGUGAUGGACGCGGAGGCUCUUCCGUACGGCGUCAACGUCAGGUUUGAGGAUGAGCAGGAGGCGGAGGGUAUGGGUGUGGUGCGUGAGUGGCUGUCGCAGAUCGCGGCGGACAUAUUUUCUCCGGAACGGGGGCUCUUUGUACGGGGCGCUGCGGACCGCCGCGUGGUGCACCCGUCUCCGCACAGCCGGAUGCAGGAAGACCACUUGGGCUACAUGCGCUUUGCGGGCCGCAUCGUGGGUCUGGCCCUGCGCGCCAACGUCCCCUUGGGUGUGGUGCUGUCUACCGGCCUGUUCAACUACCUGACGGGCCGCCGAGCCACGCUUCAGGACCUGCAGCAGAUUGACCCGCAGGUCUUCACCACGUGCCAGAACAUCUUGUCCAGCCCGGGGGCUGCUGCGUUGGAGCUCUUUCACGUGUGGCAUGUGUCUACUGGCGAUGAGAGUGGUGGAGACUCUCAGGAGCAGGAGCUGGUGCCCGGGGGAGCGGGACUUCUGGUUACUGACGCCAACAAGUCCGAGUACGUGCAGCUGCUGGCCCACCACCUGGUGGUCAACCAGGUGGAGGAACAGGACACAGCGCACCACCUGCCCGACGAUGCGCGACUGCGUCGCGCCUUUUUGUCGCCGCUGCUGCUGGAGGAUUUGAACCGCAUAACAGCGGGCGAGAGCACGUUGGAUCCGGAGGACUGGGCCCAGCACACGGACGAAGCGGGCUUUGAGGGCCCGGAGGAGCAAAAAAGUUUGGACAUGUUCUGGAAGCUGGUUUCGGAGUACGGGCCGGAAGACAGGCAGCGCCUGCUGCAGUUUUGGACCGCCAUGACGCACCUGCCUUCAGGCGGCUUCAAGGCCCUCAAUCAGCGGCUACAAAUUAUGAAACUUGGCCCAUCAGGCGCGCGACAGGCUGCCGGCGAACCGGGUGGCGGCGCCGACAGGCCGCCUGCAGCAGCACCGGCGGGGAUAAGCGCGGAUGUUGCGCAGACGACGAAUUGGCGCGGGCCGUCCACCGAUGGCGAGGGGCCGCAUUCGCACCGGCUCGAUGGGGAUAGCCUGGAGGUGGAGGAGCAGGAGCACAGCGACGGUAUGGAGGAGGGCGGGGAGGAUGCUGAGCCCCGCGGGGUCCAGCAUCGACAGCGGCAGGAGGGGACCACUGGGUUGGCGGUGCGAGCGGCUGCCCCACCUGUUGGCAGCUUGGGCGUCCUAAGCCCUGUUGCUGGGGAUGCCGUGCCGGCCGCAGAGGCAAAUCAGUCGGACGCUGAAGGGGCCAUGGGCACCGCAGCAGCCGCAGCACAAGCAGUGGCAGUGGCCGGGGGCGCUGGUUCCACGCAUGCACCGUCCGCAAGCGAGCCCGAGCAUGGCGAUGAUGACGGCGGCGAAGCUGGCGAAGAACCGGAUAUCUCGUUCGGCGAAGAGGGAGAUGACCUGGGCGGGGUUGAAGACGCGAUGGACUAUGGAGAAGAGGAUGAUGAUGAUGAUGAAGAGUUUCAGCGGCAGCUGGAGAUGGCGCUAGCGCUGUCAUUACAAGAUAUGUCUGCUGCUCCUGCGCCGGAGAGCGGGUCGGACGGAGGCUCUGGUGGCGGCAAUACCGGCGAAGGGAGCCCCGGCGGGGAAAGGGAGGGUACUGGUGAGCCGUCUUCUGGCGGGGCCGGUGCGAGCGAGGCCGCGGCAGGUGUUGUCAGCCAGGACGGUCUGGCACAGACAGGCGGAGAGGCUGGCAAUCACGCGGAGGCUGCCGCUGCUGCUCGUGAGGCCGAUAACGAUGUUGCCGGCGGCGGGUCCAGGAUUAAAUCCGCGGCAGAGCCGGGAUUGAAUGGGGUUGGUGCUCCGGAGGAGGCGGGUGCAGAUGCCUGGAUGUCCCAUGGCGGCGGCAGCGACGGCGGCAACUCAGCACCCAGUUCCGGCUCGGGCUCCGGUAGUCCCGCCGGUAUUGGCAGUGAAGGAGGUGUUGGCAUGCAGGCUGCGACGGGAUGCACCGCUGCAGCGGAGGGCGGACUAGGGGAGGGUAGCAAUUGGAGCUUGGAGUCAUCACCUUCCCCGGCUACUGCUGGGGCUACUGCUGCUGCCUAUGCAGAAGCGGUGAAUGAACCCGGCGGGCCGGGGCUUGCACACGAAUCAGGUCGGGUCGAUGAGGGCGCUUUUGCAGCGGCCUCGUCGGAUGCGACGGCCGCGGGGCCAGCUGCUGCUGCUGCUGCCGCACCGGGGCCCCCUGACGGGGCACUACCGCAAAGGGAGUCUAUGCCAAUGGACACAGAUGGCGCCGUUGGGCUCGCGGCAUCGACAUCAACGCAAGACGCCGCCGCCGCCGCCGCUGUUGUUGCUGCUGCUGCGAACGGCACUUCCGUUGAGCAUGGAGCAGCAACAGCAGCAGCAGCAGCUGGUGAUCCUGCUGGCAGCGGAGGAGAUGCAGAUUUGGGGCCUGGUUUGGACUUUUCUGUGGGUCCCGGCGGCCAGCAGGACCUGCCACACAACCAGGUGCAUGCAGCUUACCAGCAGGAGCAGCGGGAGCAGGAGCAGCGGGAGGCCCAUGCGCCGGGUGGCGGACAGGAGCUGCAGCAUGAACUUGGCGGGAGUGCGGCCCCGCAGCCAUGGGCUGCGGAGGAGGGGCAGGGGCAGGUGGGAACUGCAGGGGCGGAGGAUCAGGGAGUCGAUGCCGGCAUUGGGAACGUUGCAGCGGCGCUGCCGCCCACGUCGAAUGUCGCGGAGGCGGACGGUAGUGGGGAUGGCACUACUGGCGGUGGCGGAGGUGGGCAGGAGGUCGCCGCCGCCGCCGGGGAUGAUGCGCCGGCGCCGUCGGCCAGUGUGGCGCUGCCGCUGCUCCCUCAGGCUAGGACAUGUUUCCUGCAGCUCAAUUUGCCCGUUUACGCAAGCCUUGAGGACAUGCGGCGCGCGUUGGCCAUAGCCUUGGACAACAUGUCAUUUGGGCUACACUGA